UAAACGUGAACUUUGUAUCUUCGUUCAUUCUACGACAGCUGCUUAUACUUUGAAAGCUCUGAGCGCUGCAUCUAGCCUUAUUCUAUCAAUUUCAAUUUUGAAUGGGGAAAAUGCAGGAGGCUGAGGUACAAAGUAUUGAAGAAACUGGAAGACUUUUCUACCCUAAAUUGCUCGAUUUAAGGUUUCAAGGUAUAUUUUAAAUGAAUAUAAAAACUUUCAUUUUAACCUUUUAACCGUGAAAUUUUAAGCCAAUUUUCAGCCCUCUGUAAUAAUGUAAUUUAAUGCUGUCUUUAUACCUGCAACCGCAAGUUACCUGCCAAUAUUAGGGCGUUGAAGUCGUAGAAUUGGACGUGUACUUCAUGGCAGGAGAACAAUUGUUACUGUAUGAUAGAGACAUUUGCAAAUUCAUAUUGAGCUCUUUCAAAUAUUUUAUUUAAAUUUAUUCUGAUAAGUCAAGACAUGUCAAGACAUGACUUGAGAAUAUGCUGUGCUUAACUUCAAACAUAAUACAUUGAACAUUGUUGUAUCCCCUGCAAGGAAUACUGGUUUGCUUUCCCUUUAAACCUCUGAUAUCAGCAUCAAUGUCAUUGGUACAUUUUGCUAAACAUAGAUACAUUAUGGGAAAUGCUGUAAUAAACUCAUCUACUUCCCUUUUCUUUGAUUUCUAAACAUGAAAUCUUGAGUUAUACCAAUGAUGUCUUGUCUAAUUUUUCAACUGCUUUCAUUAAUUAUGCAACCAUUUUCUUAGCUAACUGAACUCGUGCCCUUGACUGGCUUCAUUAUCCCACAGUGUCUUUUGCUUAUAGACAACUGUGCCACUCCAGCUGAGUAUAAUUUCCUUUGAUAUUUAAGCAUUCAUGCUUAAAAAAUGUGAAAUCAAUGCUUUUAAUAAUUGUGAAUGAGGUGAAAGGUCACUAGAGAAUGAAAUUAUAGAAAUAGAAUAACGACUGUUCGUAUUAGUUUGGUGGAUGGCGUGAUGUGGGCGGGUUAUCUGCGCAGACGUAAAGUUUUUAUGUGAAAUAUAUUGCGUUGUGUUCUUGGUGUACUUAUCAAAGAACUCGUUGCUUAUUGAGGAGGUACUUUUUUACGUGUGUCGUUUGUUAUUUGAGAGGAUCCUUGUUUUUUGGCACACUCUGGACAUGACGCUCUGAAUGAGAUUCUGGAGGUGUUUGGAACUUAUUUUCUGUUUGUUCAGUACGCUAAUAUUUCUGUAUAGAGGGUUGAUGUUUUUAUUUAUUCGUUGAUUGCGUCAAACGAAAAGAUCUUCGUUCUCCUCUUAUGUAACCUCGACGAUUUAUUGUCAGUUAUAAUACGUCUUAUUGUAGACGCCAAUCAGGCUUUUUGAUACGCAUCAUAUGCUCAUGUUACAUGAUUAUUUUGAAUAUUAGAAGAUUAUCAGAAAACAACCAUCGAUCAUUUUACUGGUUCUUCAGCUAAGCUACAUCGUGGAUAAUGUGUUGAUGAAAGGCAGCCAUGAAACUUAGUUGGGUUCAUUUUGCAUCGUUUUUUGCUAUUUUUUAUAUUUUCUGUAUGAUGCCAUGCAAGGUAUUUGCUUGCACACCUUCUCUUAGUUGUGUGCCAAUUGAUUGUGAACUAAGUGAGUGGUCUUCAUGGAGUAAUUGUACCGUAAAGUGUGGAAACUCUGGUGUGAAAGAAAGAUCGCGUAGAGAGCUCCGACAUCCUGAUUGUGAUGGAAAAAAAUGUCAAGGUAAUUUAACGGAGAGCGUGUCAUGUCCUGGAAGUUGUUGUCCGAUACCAUGUGUUUAUCGGUGGACCAUGGAGUCAUCUUGCUCUACGACAUGCGGGAACGGGACAAAACAGUUUAAACUUAAAAUAAUCAGGUAUCCUCUUUGUGGAGGAUCACCUUGUCCUAAUAAAACAAGAAAGACGGAGCAAUGUGGUGAUGGAGGAUGUUGCCCUGUUAACUGUGCAGUGGGAAGUUGGGGAUCUUGGGGGUCAUGUAAUGCUGCUUGCGAGAAAACUGGUACCCGCAAACGAAAUCGUCAAGUAACAAGACAGGCUUCUUGUGGGGGGACAUCUUGUCCAAGUCUUACAGAUACUAAGUCAUGCAGCGGCCCAUGCUGUCCACGUGAUUGUGUCAUGUCAUCCUGGUCUACCUGGAGCAAAUGCUCAUCUAGUGGCUGCGCUGUAAAUAGUGGCACUAGAAAAAGGACUCGAAGGUUAAUGACCAAGGCGUCAUGUGGUGGCACAUGUGGUCUAGCUACAUCAGAUACUCAAAAAUGUACUCCUAUUCCUAUUUCAUGUCAAGUUAGCUCAUGGAGUUUGUGGCAAGCAUGUGUUCCAAGCAAUGGCAGAUGUGGACAAGGGAAUCAACAUCGUUCACGUAACAUUACACAACAAAGUUAUUGUAGUUCACCGUGUCCACAGAUUAAUGAGAGUCGAAGUUGUGUUCAUAGUUGUUGCCCUGUCAAUUGUCAAUUAAGCCAAUGGACGACAUGGUCUUCGUGUUCUUCUACAUGCGGAAAAGGCAAGUCAGAUCGUACUCGUAGUGUGCGCAUUCAACCAAGUUGUGGUGGUCGGAAUUGUAGUAUCUUGAGUGAGAGUAAGGACUGUAUUAAAUACAACGAUAAAGAUUGUGUCAUGGGCUUAUGGAGUUCAUGGUCUGUCUGUGAUAAUGGCUGUGGUCACGGAACACAACGCAGAUAUCGUAAGAUAACUCAUCAAAGUGUUUGUCGGGGACAAAAAUGUGGGUCAAUCGAGGAAUCAAGAAAUUGUACUAGCUACAGAAAUAGCCGUGAUUGUGAGGUUGGCGAAUGGUCAUCGUGGAGUAAAUGUGACCAACUGUGUGCCAUUGGGAAUAAAGUUAGAAAUAGAAGGAUCACAUCGAACUUCCAAUGUCAAGGAAGAUCUUGUCCUCAUCUCAAGGAAUCCAUGCAAUGUGGUUUACCUAACAACGGUUGCCAACACAAAUGCAACAAUGGUGUUUGUUCUUGUAGUGCCGGAUAUAAUUUGAUCGGCACCAAGAAUUGUACUGCAAAGGAUUGUGGGAAACUUGAAUUGUCUUAUUGUCCUUCAGGUACGAAUCAUGGAACAACAUGUGAACACCCUGUUGUUUCGUGUCCUAACAACCAGACUAUCUUCUCGACUUUUUGCUCAAUACUCUGCCCAAGCUAUUACGCUCAAAAAGGUGCCAACAGUAUUACAUGUACAGCGGCCGGUACAUGGUCAACAACUGUUGGGACUUACUGUCGAAGGAUCAACGACCCUCCUUCUCAGAUUAUUUUGUCUGGGUCUCAGAGUGUUCCUGAGAAUAGUAUUCUACGUACUCUUGUUGGAAGACUUUCGUCAGUAGAUACAAACCCCCGGGAUUUACACAACUAUAGCUUGAUAUCCGGAGGUGAAGGAAAGUUUGUCCUUUUCGAUGAUGAAUUGUACACGGAUUUUGUUUUCGACUACGAGACAAUGACUACAAGAUAUGACCUAAGAAUCCGUAGUACAGACAACGGGAAUCCUCCAAUGUCGAUGGAAAUAAUCCCAGUAGUUAUUGACGAUGUCAACGAAAGGCCGACGUCUGUUCAAUUAUCAAACCACUAUAUCUCUGAGAACUCCGACGUCGACACAAUCGUGGGGAUAUUGUCUACCAUUGACCCGGAUAAUAGCCAGACUCAUUCUUAUACUUUGAUCAAUUCUGCAUCUGGAAGAUUUAAAGUUAAAGGCAAUAUUCUUAAGGUUGCAUUUAGUAACAGACAUUGUUUCAAAUUUGGUGGCUAUUUCUGUUCAUUGAAUUUCGAAGUAUCUCGCAGUCAUCAAGUUACACUCCGAAGUACAGACAAUGGAAAUCCUUCUCUAUCUCAUGAUGUUAAUCUCACAAUCAAUCUGACUGAUGUAAACGACCAACCGCGAGGUCUAGUUCUAAGUAAUAACAAAGUUUCGGAAAAUGCAACUGUGAGUGAAGUUAUUGGAAAGUUCUCGGCUGAAGAUGAGGAUAGUGCACAGACUUUGUCUUAUUUUCUCAAUGAUGAUGACAAAGGAAGAUUUACUGUCGAUCAACGAGGAUAUCUAUCAUUGGCAUUGUCAGCUAAUUUUGAACAGGACACAUUACGUAAUAUAACGGCUGUCGCAAAGGAUAAUGGAGUCCCAGUAAAAAUGAUAGUGAAAUCAUUCACAAUUCAAAUAUUGAAGGUAAACGAUCCUGUAGUGAAUUUGAAAUUCAUCGACAUGAACAAUCAGCACUCACAGAGUAUUUCAGUGAAAGAAAAUGCCAGUAUAUCCAGCGUCAUAGGACAUUUUGAAGUAUCAGACAACGAAACGUCACAGGAACUGUCCAUUCAUUUAGAUGUAAAUCCAUUUCAAGCGUUUUCACUGUCAUCAUCAAAUUGUACUGAUAGAAAUCGUACGAAAUGUGAAACUAAACUUGUCCUACAAAAGAAACUAGAUCGCGAAAUAACACAAGGUUUCCAAAUUUAUGUCCGCGUGAAGGAUAAUCAAAAUAGAUCCAUCAUCACCACGUUCAACGUAUCGAUAGAGGACUGUAAUGAUCGACCCUAUGACAUUACUAUUGCUGGAGGAAUGGAGACGAAUAUCGUUGAAAAUAUUCAAGGAGCGUUGGCUGGAGAAUUGUUGAGUAGUGACCAGGACCUUUCUCAGACACACAGUUAUCGUCUGCUCAACAACAGCGAUGUGUUUGAAAUACGAGACGAUUUCUUGUUUCUUCACAAUGACACGUUUCUGGACUUCGAGAAUAAAAGCCAAUACAUUAUUAAAAUCCAAUCUACAGAUAAUGGUCAACCGCCUCUGACGUCAUUACCUCAAUCCCUGAUUGUUCACGUGAUCAACAGAAACGAAGCUCCAAUUAGGAUUGAUCUUACUUACAAUAAGAUAACUGAGAAUAGUAAUUCAGGGACAGAAAUUGGAUUAUUUAUCAUAACAGACCCUGACAAUUACAAUUUGUCUCGUCAAUUACAUGUUUGUCGGCUCAUUGAUUCUGCUAUGGGAAAGGUUGAAAUAUUGUAUAAAAAUGGCAAAAAUAUUCUUAUUCAAGCUGCUCAACUUUUGGAUUAUGAACAGACACCAUCUAUGACAAUCACGGUACGUUGUCGAGACCCCUAUGGUUUAUAUAAACAAAGCGAUUUUGUUAUUCAUGUAACGGAUGUAAAUGAACGUCCCGUCUUCGUAAAACUUUCAAAUACUCAUAUACGUGAAAAUAGUGGGCCAGCGGUUGUUGGUAUAUUGACUACACAAGACCCGGAUAACCUUAACAACGCAUCAAGACAGAUCAUACAUUAUUCCUUGAUAUCCAAUAUCCCUAGUCCUUUCGUUUUGAUUGGUCGUGAACUGAGUAUUAACGCUAGUUUAAAUUACGAGAGCGUCAGGUCAUGGAAUAUUCAGAUACGCGCUCAAGAUAACGGUGUACCCUCGCUCUAUCUUGAUGAAUAUAUUGUUAUAUCAGUACUGGAUGUUAAUGACAAACCAUAUGCUAUACAGCUAUCCAACAAUGAAAUAAUGGAGAACAGUGAUGUUGAUACAGUUGUUGGUAACCUCGUUGCAAUUGACGAAGACGUUGGACAAAGUCAUAUUUAUAAACUUCUCGAUACUGCUGGUGGACGAUUCAAGAUUGUCAACAAUCAAGUUAAGACAUCACUGUCAAAUACGUUAUGUCUUCAAUACGGUUCUUCUUUGUGUCAUCUUAACUAUGAACUCCAGCAGUCUUAUAACAUCAGCAUUAGAGUAACGGAUAACGGCAUUCCUCUUGCGAGUCAUGUUCAAUUAUUUACUAUUUAUCUGAAUGAUGAUAACGAUAGACCUCGUGACCUCAACUUGAACAAUUGGGAAGUUUCAGCAAACGCCACUGUCGGCACGCUGAUUGGUUUUUUAAGUGCGCGCGAUGAAGAUAGCGGUCAGAGUUUAAUUUAUUCGUUGGUCGAUGAUGACGGAGGGAGAUUUGCGUUAAAUGGAGAAAAGUUGGUUACUGCCAAGUUCUUGAAUAAUGAAACAGAUCAGAAUCGCGUUAUUUCUGUUGCAGUCACUGAUAACGGUUAUAAUGCUUUAAAGACUAUCCGUAAUUUCACCAUUAGAGUUUUAAAAGUUAACGAAGUUCCAAUUGCUUUCAAUUUUACUGAAUCCAUUGUCUCUUCACUGUUUGAGAAUGUGUCGGUCCCAAGUGAAGUUGGAACUGUGUUUGUCUCUGACAGUAAUGGCAAACAAGAUUUCGUGUUUACAUUAGAUGAUAAUUCAAAUGGGGAAUUUCGACUAAAUGGUUCAAGUAAGAAAUGUGACAAUUUCUCGUCACUAGCAAAUGGAACAAAAUGCUCAAUCAAGUUGUUUCUCGUUAAGUCUCUAAAUUACGAGAGAAAUAAACGACGAUCUGUAUCGAUUCGUGUAACAGACAUACGUGGAUCAUCACUUGUUAGAACUUUCACUAUAGAAGUCAUUGAUUGUAACGAUGCGCCCACGAGCAUUAGUUUGAAUGGUGGUGUGUCGGCGUUAAUUAUGGAAAAUUCCGCCGGAGCACUUGUUGGAGUACUGAGAACAACUGACGAAGAUACAUCACAAUUGUGGAGUUACCAUUUGCUUGAAGAUUACAACCUGUUUAAUGUCAGGGUUAGCGGUGAUGAAUAUAAUAUUUUUCUGAAUGAAAAUUCCUCGCUUAACUACGAAAAUAAAUCUGAAUUCAACUUGACUGUGAUAUCAAGAGACAAUGGACAACCAUCUUUUGUUGUCUCUCGAAACUUUACAAUCUUCGUUGUGGACAUUAACGAGGCGCCUACUCAGAUACAUUUAUCAAAGCAUGUCAUCAAUGAGACGAUAGUUUUAGGAAGUGAAGCAUCAGCAUUAACAGUCGAUGAUCCCGACAACGUGAACAAUGACGGACAAAGUCACUCUUGUCGUGUUGUUGUUGGUCAAGAUAAGUUCAGGAUUCGUGCUGGCCUAUUGUUGAGCAACGUGAGGUUUAAUUAUGAAAGAAUACCUUACGUGAACAUCUCUGUGCAAUGUGUUGAUUCUGGAAGACCAAGAUUGUACAUUACACAACAUUUUACUAUCUUUAUAAAUGAUGUUAACGAAGAACCAACUGACAUUAUUUUAUCAAGUCUUGUUGUACGUGAAAACGAGAGUUAUGUUUUUGCAAACAUCUCAACGGUUGAUCCAGACAAUGAACUGAAUAAUAGUCGACAAAGUUUCACUUACCGAUUAGUCUCCACUUUGAAAGAUCUUCCAUUUCAUAUUGAAGAUGGUAAAAUAAGGACGAGGCAAGCCUUGAACUACGAGAAAUCAUCUACAUGGAACAUCACAGUUGAAUCUCGAGACAGUGGAGUUCCACCUCUUAAAAUUCAACGAAGUUUCAUCAUUAAUGUUCAGGACGUGAAUGAAGCUCCAAGAAUAAUCACUCUUUCUCCAAGCAAUGUGAAUGAAAAUCCAGAAGAAUGGCGACUAAUUGGAAAACUCUCCGCUACUGAUGAAGACGAGAAUCAGACACACACGUUCACACUGACAAUCUCAAACACAAACUGUCUUCUAUUUGGUGGAAAAUACUGUUUACUGAAUUAUGAAGCUCAAAGUACUCGAGUGAUUUCCGUACGUGCUAUAGAUGAUGGGAUACCUCCGUUGGAACUUACUAUGAAUAUUAACAUUACACUUGAUGACGUUAACGAUCGUCCACGUGACAUGACGUUGUCAAAGAGCUGGAUCAUGGAGAAUGCACCCUUGAACGAGACAGUUGGUUAUUUUAAUGUGAAUGAUGAAGAUACCCGAGAUAUUCUUCGUUUCAGUUUAAUCAAUUCCACUUACGGUUAUUUUAAAGUUGAUGCAAAUGGACGUCUGUCUGUCAAUAAGAGCACCAAUCAUGAAGUGCACGAAAUUGAACAUGUAAUGGUGCAAGUGGUGGACUCGGGAAAUUUGUCGAUACAGCAAGAAUUUACGAUUAUCAUCAGGGAUUCACAGGAGACGCCAUUCAACAUUACUUUGACCUCAACUCAUGGACAGAAAUCGUAUCCCAUGAAUCAUGCAAGAAUAAAUGAAAACUCGCAAUAUGGAGCAAUCGUUGGAACUCUAGUUUCAUAUGAUCAAGAUGUUGAUCAAUUUUUGUCAUUUUCACUGGUUGACAGCGCAGGUGGUCGAUUUUCUAUCAAUAACUUGACAAGUUGUCACAAUUUAACUUCUGUUGCUAAUGUCAAUACAAUCUGUUCCACUUAUUUACUUGCGGUGGGUAAUCUAAACUACGAAUCAUCAAAAUCUCACAACGUUUUUGUUGAAGUGUCCGAUGGUAUUCACACUCUUGUAGCUAACUUUACUAUAAUAGUUGAUGAUGAAAAUGACCCUCCGGAGAAAGUAACCAUACAGGGAUUAGCCUGGGGUCGAGUAAAAGAAAAUAGAAACACAGAGCUUAUCGGGGAAUUAAUCACAAGUGACGAAGACAUAACCCAAUCACAUGUGUACACUCUCAAAGGAAGUGAAAAGUUUAUUCUUCGAGGAAAUAAACUGUUUACGUCAGCAGAGGCAAAUAUUGACUUUGAAAAACUUCAGACGGUUGAUAUAGUUGUAAUUUCAAGGGAUAAUGGCAUACCUUCAAAACAUGUUAAACAAAAUAUAACUAUCAUUAUCGACGAUGUGAAUGAAACUCCAAGCAAUAUAAGCCUGAGUGCUUCAACUGUGAAAGAGAACAGUGAGCAGGGGACAUUUGUUGCUAACAUAUCCGUUGACGAUCCCGAUAAUCAUGGUCCUAAAGGGAUCUGGCAAACUCACAACUGUUUUCUAAUUGACUCCGCCCAAGAUCGUUUUAGAAUUUUGAAUAAUAUGAACACUCUCGUUGUUUCAUCAGGUGAUUUAAAUUACGAAACAUCUACUCUUCACACCAUUAUCGUCGAAUGUCGUGACUCUGCUCGAAAACCAUUGCGCAUCCAGAAGUCGUUUGAUAUUGAAGUCGUUGACGUGAAUGAAAGACCACAGAAGAUAAUACUUUCUAAUGCUAGAGUACCGGAAAAUGCAGGCUCCUUGCUUGUAGGGGUGUUAAGUACAUUAGACCAAGAUAGAAACCAAUCGUUCAGCUAUAUCUUGCUUUCUGUUGGUGCACAAGAUAGCUUUUAUGUAAACGGUACCCAGCUUUGGACUAAAGUUAACUUAGACUACGAGAAAAGAAGUACAUGGAAUAUAAGAAUGGAAACUGUUGAUCAAGGAGGUCUGAAUUUCUCGCAAGCUGUAACGAUAUUUGUGGAGGAUGUGAAUGACCCACCUAGAAAUAUUUCAUCCAUGCAACCGCUGUUUGUAAAUGAGAACAGUAACGUGGGCUCUGUUAUCACAGUUUUUUAUGCUGAUGACGAGGACGCUGGUCAAACUCAUCGCUUCUUCAUUACAAAUGUCACAGCCUUUCGACAUGAUAUGACAAGGAUCUAUAGUUAUCAGAAUGCGUUGCUUUUAAAUCCAACUUCUGGGAAACUGACUGUGGACUCUCAUAUAAACUACGAGUCGAUGACAAAGAUUUACUUGGGAAUAGAGACUCGAGAUAAUGGAUAUCCUUCUUUGUCAUUUAAAAAGGAUUUUGUCGUGAAUGUUGUCGAUAUCAACGAACCACCGAGUGAUUUGAAACUGUCGAAUAAUCAGAUAUCUGAGAAUAGUGAUGAAGGAUCUUUGGUGGGAAUUCUUAACGUAACGGAUCCGGAUAACAUUAUCGAAGAGAAACAAUUCUAUUCUUGUCAAGUUCUGAAUGAUGUUCCUUUCAAUGUCACUCAAAUGCAUCUCAUCGUAGCUAGAGAUGUUUUGGAUUAUGAAAAUAUUGCAGAUUAUACUGUCAAGAUCAAUUGCAGUCUGACGAACCCAAGCUUUUCUAUUUCUAAAUCGUUUUCUGUUCAAAUAACUGAUGUAAACGAAGCGCCUUUCAAUCUCGUUUUAAAUGGCUCUUCUGUUAUGGAAAAUCUACCUCCAAAUACAAGAAUUGGAAGUUUGUCUGCUCUUGAUCCAGAUCAGAACAAUGUGAUAUUUACAUUUGCUGAAGGAACAUCUGAUUCUUUCAAGUUUUCAAUCAAAGAAAGCACAUUAAUGACGAGGGCGGUUUUUGAUUACGAGCAACAAGAUAGCUACGUCAUAAAUGUAGUUGCGAAGGAUGACGGGAUACCAAGUGUUAACGAAACCAAAGAAUUUGUCAUCAAGAUUAUUGACUCAAAUGAUGAGCCAAGCCACAUCAUAUUGAAUUCGUCUGGUAUUAGAGAGGAUGCUAUAGUUGGAACAAUUGUCGGAAGGUUGAAGACUCAUGAUCAAGACGUAAAUCAAACGCACUUUUACUCUCUUCUUAAUCUGAACUCCACCUUUUUUAUUGUUGGUAACGAAAUAUUAGUGAAAGAAACGAAUCGUCUGGAUUACGAAAGUGCUGCAGAAAUGAGAGUACUUGUAGAAACUACUGACAAUGGGAUUCCAUCAUUGUCGCAUCAGAAUGACGUCAUCAUAAAUGUGAUUGAUGUAAAUGAAAGACCGUAUGCCAUAAGAAAUACUGGAUCGUUAUCAGUCAAAGAGAACAGUCAAAACGAUACUUCAGUUGUUUUUGAAGUUUUCGAUCAAGAUUAUAAUCAAUCUCAUCGUUGUUAUAUUUAUAAUUCUAACAUUUUUGAGAUAAACAACUCGGCUGGCGAGUUUAUACUUCGCGUUAAAUAUGGAGCUGUAGUCGACUUUGAAAAAAACCCAAUUACUGCAGUUAAUGUGACUUGCACGGAUAAUGGCAGUCCACCUCUUAGCAGCUCAGCGUCGUUCAAUAUCAACAUUGAAGAUGUAAACGAACCUCCUGUCGAUAUAUCAUUAAAUGGGUCUUAUGAAGUCGAUGAAAUCGCAUACGUGAAUUAUUCUUUGGGGAAUUUGAUUUGCAAAGAUUUCGAUCGAAAUCAGACAUGUUCAUUUCUUGUUGUUGGCCAAUACAAUAACACGUUCCGUGUCAUCCAUGGUACAAAUCUUUUAACAGUGAUCUCUAAUGUGGAACUGGACUACGAGAAAUUGCCUCAUCCUUAUAUAAUGGUGACGAUUCAGGCAAUUGAUGACGGUGUUCCUGUACAGUCAAUGUUGAAGCAACUUAACAUUACUGUCAACGAUAUUAAUGAAGGAGCUAACAAGAUUUAUCUAAAAGCAGGCGAUGUUACGUUGAGAGAAACGACAGAAAUUAACACUAAUAUCAGUGAAGUUUUAUGCAAUAACCCGGAGAGAUGGCAGACUUUAGAAUACACGAUACUCUCGGAUGCUGCCACGUUUUUUAUAAUCGUUAAAGUCCCUUAUAACGUCACGUAUGCACCGCCUAUAUUAAACGCAAUAGGAAAAAAACAAGCAAGAUUUGAAUUGUUUAGAUCAUAUUUGUUCCUGAAAAAACACUUGAUGAACUUCGAUGCUCGUUCAAGUUAUGAUCUUCUUGUUGAAGUGAAAGAUAACGGUCACCCCGUGAAAUCGUUCAUUGGUGUUAUCUACAUUAACGUAUCGAGAGUUGAUCCAUGUGCUCCAACGAACAGAUGCAGUGAGAAUGCAGUCUGUCACAGACAAGAUGGCUUUAAUUACAACUGUCGUUGUAUGGAUGGUUAUACUGGUGAUGGUUAUAACUGCACUGACAUUGAUGACUGUCAACCAUCCUUUGACUAUUGUGAUGAAGUUCAAGAAUAUCCGUGUCUUCCAUGUAAACACAAUGGAAAAUGUCAUGAUCAAUUGAAGACCUUCAACUGCACCUGUCUUCCUGGAUACAAUGGCGCUCAAUGCAAUCAUAAUAUUGAUGAAUGUGAUCCCAGAAAUAAAUUCCCUUAUAGUUGUCAUAAAGAUCAUGGCUUGUGCAUUGAUCAUAUUAAUAACAUCACGUGUAACUGUCACCGUGGUUACGAUGGCUGGCUCUGUCAAACUGAUAUUGAUGAUUGUAUUGGGGAACCUUGUGGCCAACAUCCUUGCACUGAUCAUAUAGGAUUCUACGAGUGUCAUUGCGAGAAGGGCUACAUGGGUUCUAGAUGUGAACGUCAAGUUGGAAAACACGAAUGCCUUAAAGAUCAGACAUACAUACCAUAUCGUACCGAUCACAGUGAAGACGAAGAUUCUAAAGACUCCGACAAGAAAAGAAAUGAAAACGUUUGCUUUUCUGGUCAAAAUAUCACCAUGUUACACCUGAAUAAAACGUUGCUCGAAAUGUACGGUGUUUCUUUUGAAAACUACGAAGCAUUUUCUUCUGCAAUUAAGAUCGAAGUGGAAGAUUGGAUCAAAAAACGGCUUCUUGUUUACUUCUCUUAUAUAAACCAUUUUACUAAAGAUGGAUACUUCAAUGUCAGCGAUGUGAGUGUAUUGAAUCCUAUUGUAAAUUCAGAAAAUAUUUCACUACCUAUUAUUGCUAGAGUUGGUGUGAAAGCUCUCUCACAAACCGCUAUUUUGUGCUCUCUUCAUCAAUUACUCAACUGCACGCAAAGAGCUGGAUACACGUCCUAUACCUCCAAGGACUUUAGCUAUAUGGACUUCAUGUGUGUCAGCGAUGAAGAUGUGAAGAAGUUACAUUGUCAGACACGCGAGGAAACUCUGGGUGGACUUACAGGAAAGGGCUCUAAGAAAGGGGGCUUACAACGGUGGUCUAUUUAUUUGCUUGCAACGGUUGGGGCUAUUUUGUUUCUCUUUGUUCUCUGGUUCGCCCAUUACGCUCUUAGUUCACAUAAACAGAACCUUCAAAAAGCACUGCGUAAUCGACAACAGUUUGAUCACGUGAGACUACCUGACGAGGAAGAAGAACAUUAUCGUGACGUCAUGUUUCGUCAUCAUAUUUCGACCAUUGGCGGAGAAUCAAAUCCAAUUUAUGGCUUGGACGAAGAUGAAUCUGUUAUGGUUCCAAAUCCACUGUAUGGUGUAUCACGUGGUAUUGAAACACCAAUAACAAAACGCGGCCCGUCGUUUGCAAAUCCACUCUUCGCUACCAGGGAACAAGAAGAUAGUCUGAGCUCCAAAUCUGCUGGGCAGCCUCAACCAAGUCAUGAUAAUUGAUUCGUAGAAAAUGAAAAAAAUCAGUCUCGUGUGUAUUUUGUCUUAACUUAAAAAGUCAUUUGAUUUUCAAUACGCUUUUUUAAUCGUGAAUUAUUCGUAAUGGGAUUUUAAAGGAGCCAGUCUCUGGAAUCAUCGAUUCUUAUUUGUUAUUUUAACGUACUUUAUUUAUUCAUAAAACGUCGAUUAAACAUUUUCUGUUUUCAAUCAAAGGUUAAAAAUGUACUAUGUCUGACGUUUGCGUCAAAAAAGCUUAGAAAGAGGUAAAAAUUGAGAAGAGAUUUUCAUUUGAUAAACACUCAACUCUACUAGCACGACUAAGUUUGCUGUGUUCGAAACAUGUCUAACACCGUUGUACACUCUCCUUGGAUAUAAAACUUUUUCCAUUUACUUGAAUUAUUUGUAUAAAUGAUUUCUAAAAUAAAAAAUGCCAUCAAUA